AAAAAAAAAGCUAAAAUGAAACCUCUUCUGUAUCAUUAUAAAUAGCCUCCAAAACCAUCAUGAGAAGGUCCAUGCAAAAUCACAAUCUAAGCAUUUGCAUGCUCUAAGAUCCAUUGAAGUUUACAUAAAUUUUGUCUCUCCUUUUUUGUUGUGAUCUCGUAGUGCUUCUCUGUGUUUUUCUAGUUUAUGUAAGGCAUACCUGGAGAAGAUGAAGAACAAGGCUGCCAUUUUCUUCAGGAAAAUAGCAACUGCACUCAUGGCAAUCAUGAGAAGCAAGUCCAUGAAGAGCAGCAAGCUCAUCAUGUUCAGACUGCUGCGAAACAAGAAGGUCCUGAUGAGUGCACUGUUCAACAAGUUGCAAUCAGUAAUAGGUGAUCAACAAGUUUUGCUUAUGGAUGAUGUAGCAAAAGAGGAAGUGUCAGUGCUGGAUUUCGUCGAAGACGAUGAUGAUUAUCCAGACCUGAGGCACUCUUUGUUUGAACUGAAUGAUGAUACUGGAGGGUCAGUGACGGAUUGGGUCAGAAACGGCAGAGAAGAUGAUGAGUCAGAGGUCAAUCUUGAGGAUGAGAUUGACCAAGUGGCUGACAUGUUUAUCAGGAGGUUUCACAGGCAGAUGAGGUUGGAGGAGGAGUCCAUCAGCUGGUACUAAUCAAGAAGGUUUUCAUAAAUAACUGAGCUAGUUGGAUUGAUCAGAAGAAAAAACAGUUUAUCUUCUGCUUGUGGUUUUGGUUUUUGUUGGUAGCUCUUAGAGAUUUGAUGUGUGUAUACACUUUGCAAGAAAGAAAUCUUCUAAAUCUGAAUGUUUUUAUAA